GUAAAAAGCAUCAGCAUGACCCGCUUUCCUCCAAGCUGCAUGGAACAAAGGAGACCCCAGGAAAACAUCCCCCAGCUGAAUUCAGAGUCCAUGAUGGCUAAACCCAAGGUGGUUAUUGCUCCAGUGUUAAUGUCCAAGCUGUCUGGGAAUGCCCCGGAAUUCUACCCUUCAGGUUAUUCUAACUAUACCAAAUCCCAUGAGGAUAGCUGUGAGGAUUAUCCCACUCUAUCUAAAUAUGUUCAGGAUUUCUUGAAUCAUCUUAGAGAGCAGCCUGGUAGUUUUGAAACUGAAAUUGACCAAUUUGCAGAGACCCUGAAUGGCUGGAUUACAACAGAUGAUGCUUUGCAAGAACUUGUGGGACUCAUCUAUCAACAGGCCACGUCCAUUCCAAAUUUCUCCUACAUGGCAGCUCGCCUGUGUAAUUACCUGUCCCAUCACCUGACAAUUUGCUCACAAAGCAGCAACUUCCGCCAAUUGCUAUUGCAAAGAUGUCGGACUGAAUAUAAACUUAAAGAUCAAGCUGCAAAGGGGGAUGAAGCAAUUAGAAAACGAUUCCAUGUGUUUGUGCUCUUCCUGGGGGAACUUUAUCUUAAGCUGGAGAUCAAAGGAACGAAUGGACAGGUUACAAGAGCAAAUGUUCUUCAGGCUGCUCUUUGGGAGUUGCUGAAUGCCUUGUUUUCUAACCCUGUGGAUGAUAACCUAAUUUGUGCAGUAAAAUUACUGAAGUUGACAGGGUCAGUGUUGGAAGAUUCCUGGAAGAAAAAAGGAAAGACGGACAUGGAAAAAGUUAUUCAGAAGAUUGAAAAUUUCAUCCAGGAUGCACACUGCAGGACAGAUGUGAAGCAGAUGCUUUUGAAGCUUGUAGAUCUCCAGUCAAAUAAUUGGGGUAGAGUCCAUGAAACCUCAACAUAUAGAAAAGCAACACCUGAAAAUGACCCCAACUAUUUUAUGAAUGAACCAACAUUUUAUACAUUUGAUGGUUUUCCUUUCACUGCAGCUGAUCUAGAUUACCAAGAUAAAUAUCAAGAGUUACUUGAAUUACUUGAAAGAGAAGACUUUUUUCCAUAUUAUAAAGAAAAUGGAAAAAAAUUAUCAGGCUCUGGUGAUUCAUACUUGGAUGAUAGUGAUGGUGAGAUGGACCUAGAGAUAGAAGAAGCUUAUGAAAAGUUUUGUUUGGAAUUAGAGUGUAAGCAAAAAAAGUAAAAUUAAAUUUCAAUGUAUUGGUUUUAUAAAGCAGUUUAGGUUAUGGUGACUUAGCAGAACACAGAAAAGCAGAAAAAUGUGUCACAUUUAUACCAAAUUAAGGAUGUUGAGUUAUGUUACUAAUGUAUGCAUCUUUAAUUUUGUUUAAUACUCUCUGCCAAAAUAAACUUUAUCCCCUAUAACU